UUAUCCAGAACUCAUAGGCUACUGGCUUCCAGCACAUUCAGGUCUCCUGUGAACUUGGCCGUAUAAGAAGAAAAAGCAAGUCAGUGGGAGAGCUUCAGUCUUGGAGUAGCGCUGUCACACAUCGAUAUACAACAAGGCAUUUAGACAAAUACACAGGCAUUCCCUGGACAGUCACUUCUCUCUCUCACUGGGAGCAAACAGUCUCUCUCUCUCUCCCUCUCUGCUCGCUCAGCUGCUCGCCCUCUCUCUCGUCCACACACACACCACUACAGUAUAUCAGAAGUGACGAGCGCAGAGCCAGAGGGGAGUGCAGAAAUGAAUGUGAAGAUCCUGACGCUGGUGAUUGUGCUCUUGGUGUCUCUGCUGUGUUCUGCCAGUGCUGGUCCCAUGGCCUCCACAGAGCAUGGCAGGGAGUUGGAGGAGACAGCCACAGUGAGAAAGCUGGUGCCACCAAACCCAGUGCGGACCGGUCAGAGUCACAGACCAGCCGGCUGGAAACGGAGACGUCCACGACCUCGUCUGUCCCACAAGGGGCCCAUGCCGUUCUAGAGCAAGACACUGCAUCGAGCGCCCUCCCCAGGCUCUGAUUUCUAUGCUCUUCCUUUUCCUUGGGGGGGCCUUGCAACAAAGGGCCUUCGCUUGCCCAGCCAGAAGAGUGAUGUCCAUAGCACAUGCUGGUUCUUCAAGCAACUGUCCACAAAAUAAUCAGGACAAGACGCUCACCCCCAGCUCUACGAGGCAUGGGGGGCAAGGGGAAGGGGGGUGGGGGAUAUAGAGUCCGAGCUAUCAGAAAUUAUUCCUCUGUCUCUCUCGUUCUCCUUCUCUCACUCCCUUACCAGUUAUCUGUCUUUUCCCUGGCAUUUAUUUAAUUGACAUCAGAUAGGCAAAUCACAUCCGUCACCAACACUUUGCAUGACAUGUGGUGGAGAGGGAGCCCUGUCCAAAAGACCAGAAUCGGAAAGCUUCGAUGAGGCGUUUCCAACACUCAGAUUCAAGGUUACCUCAGCCGCUGACUCCAUUGCUGUGUAGCUAUUGUGCUUUUACACAAGUGAGAGAGUGCUGAUCAUGCAGAACUGCAGUGCUAGUCUAAUUUCACCGAAGACACUGCUGUGAAAAGGAUUUUUUCACACGCAAAAGAUAAACUUAAGACUUUGUGACCGUGGCUUUAUCAUCAUUAGACAUGGUGCUUUGUACCUCCUAAUGACUAAUGUCCAUUUAACAGUGAGGCUGGACUCAGAAGAGAGCGCACAGUGUAUUCGGAACUAUUUCAGAGUAAAUAAGUCAUUUAAUUAGGAGAUACUGUAAUCCAAAUCUAUUUUGGUGUGUCUGUUCUCAUUAUCACCUUAGGGGGUUAACUGAUGUGCUCAAGGUUACUGUAACUCGUCCCACCUUGGAAGAGUCCUUUGACCCCAAAUCCCAAUCCUGUCCCCAAUCCCCAGCCUUCUCACAACAUUGCUGCCCUGUGCAGCUGCUCGACGCGACUGUUAACUGGCAGACGUCUGCUCCACUCACAGACCAGCCUGCCUUUUAAUAAAGUGCCAAAUAAACCCUCUCCACAAUGCUGCCAGGAACACAGGAUGAAUGGUUAGGGACAAACACAUUACCUCUUGUUUGACGUCUUGAUACACUGACACAAUAUGCAUCUUCUAAUGUUGCAAUGACUAAUAAAUCGUACACAGCAUGACUCCAAAAUUUGACCAAAAACAGUCUCAAUGUGAGUGGAAAGCCUAGUUAAUACAACACCAAUGCUCUGGCUGCUUCAGCAUAAGGCUGGUGACCCUAUCACAGACUAAUGCUAUGCCUUUCCAUCAUGGAAUAUAUUACUGUUUCUGUUAUAUAUGCGUUUAUCUACUUUCUUUUUCUCAGGGUCUAUGAUUGAGGCAUGUACUAGAGGGGUCUAUUUUGUGCAUUUAUUUAAUAAACUUAUUUUCAUAUACUGUUUUCUUCUCCCUCUGUGCAUAGGCCAGUAUAGUGGCGUAUCUAGACUGAUUUUGUAGUCCCAGUCCUAUCCCCGCAUUGCUUUGGGUACAGUUGCCUUUCUUGUGCACAGCACAGGUGGUCGUGGCUUUGAUCAUUACGCUCAUUAAAUCCUCCAGUUAAUCUUUCUCAGAUGGAUCUCUCCAAAGCUGGCCCAGGCCACUUAGUCUGAGCUUAUUGUUAAAUUGGCUUAGACUAAAACCACACCCAUCCCCCGGGUUAGAUCGCCAACCUCUUCUGAUUUUACAUGACAUACAAUUUGUAAAACAAAUUUAAACAUUGAUAAAUUGCAUUCAGGUCAAGUGUGAAUUUCAAAUUAAUGUGAAGAGGUGAGUGCUCCUCAAAUAAAUGUUCAGCCAAAAAUAAACAGCCCGAGUUAGACUGACAACAUCCUUUCCCUCUCGCCAUAUCUCAUGCAAAUAUUAUUAUAUGCAGUCUUCUCAGUCACAGCAUGAGAAGCUAUUAUUAAGAGAGCAUCAGUACUCACAGUGGUAAUCUAUGCCGCCAAGCCCACCUUGAUUAAAAAUGUAUUAAAUCCUAAGGCACUGUGAAGAGGAAUAAUUUCAGUUCCACCAUUACUUUUUCAUUCGCUUACAGACAGAGAUGUAGAUUUCAUUAAUGCUGGUUGGAAUGAGACAGCUUGGCCCAGGUCGUCUCAUGUAUUAUUGGAGAAGCUUUGGAGAAGGCUGAGCAUGGAGGCUCUAAGCAGGAGCUUGGAUGCUGGAGUAGACUGGGGCAGCACAGGGGUUCAAAUCAAUGUCCCGUCUCAGAAGUUAAGAGUUAGAGCAACGUCUGUUUAUCAUGAAUGUAUACGCACCAUCUGUACCAGCCAUGCUGCCCUUUCAGAGACCAGAGCAAAUCCUAAAACUGUUUAUACCACAUAGUUACCACACAUUCAAUCUAAAAAUCCAAAGCCAAAUAUCCCAUGUUUCCAAGUUAGUGUCUUUUAGAUGUGGUUUGCUUAAAGACUCUGUUUGGGUGUGCAAGGUUGCACUUUUGCAAUUCCAUAAUGCUGCUGGAAAAUAUACCCUGAAAACAUGGUAUGAAAUGGUUUUCCAGUGUUUGUGACAAUUAUUGUCUGAUUCUUGUCUAGCUGGUUGUCCAAAGCUUACUUUAAAUACAGUGGAAAUACUGUAUAUUUUGUGGAUGUAACAAAAUAGAAAAGUAGUCUGCAGCACAAUAUGUCGUGGGCACGUGAAAGCUUUCAGGCAUUCUUCCUUGUUGAUUAUGGCCCACAACCCUCCCCUGCGCAUCAGGUUAAUGGGCCUUGUGGUGUGGAAGGACAAGCACAUCCAGGCUCAAACUAAAAUGGUAAACCAAUACAUUAUGCUUGUGGAGCAAAACCAUUUUGCUUAAUGGUUUCCAGGCUUACGCUGGGCAAAGUUUUCCUAUUCCUAUUCACAUUUCCUCUUCAGUUCCUCUUCUCUGUGACAUCACAGGGCCUGAGCAAUGCUCCUAUGCACUUGUUUCCUGGAAAACCAUGUUUCUGAAGAAAUUAACCAUUGGCCAGUUGUGUUGAGUUUUCUGAGUCUGAAAGCAUUUGGCUAGAAGUGUGUAAAGACUGGGGAUAAGCAGGGACGUAGUGUUACAGGUGAAGACAAGAAUAAGCUAGUAGCAUUCAGAAAUUACUAUCCAGUCUUUACUUUCCAUAUAUAAACAAUACAGAAAGUUAUUUUUAUGCUUUUGACAUUUUGUCAAACCAUUAACCUGAGAAAAUCCUUUGAAGGAAAUUGUACUAUUUCACUAUUUGUGGAAUGGAAAUCUUGUUUCAACACAUUCCAUGAUUGUAAUUUUAAAUCUCUGAGCUAAUCAAACUGCAUCUGAAUGGAGAGACACAGUGGUCAACGCAAAAGCACGUUUAUAAUACACUGACACGUUUCCUCUGGCUGGAUGAUGCCCAGGAGGACUAAAUUUGAUCUCCCUUGUGAAAAGGCUGAUCUGUCAUUAUCAUUGGAGCUUCAGUAUGGUAUGACACUUCCUUCACUCACAGGAGCAUCGGCCCCUGGCCAAGAUAACAACCUGUUCUCCAUCUGAGUGCCACUGUGUCCCAGGGGAAUCCUGACUCUGUGCAGAUGCAGUCUGCAUUGCACCAGUGUUAUAGGUCUCCAGCAGAAAGACAAUGUAUUAAUCCUCAAUCUUCUUUUCUGUUCAUGAUGUGCGCUCAUAUUACUCACCAGGCCAAAUGUACAGUCCCUGUCUAUGUUUUGGUGUUGAACUGGGCAAAAAUAAAUGACAUAAAUAAAUAAAUAAAACAAGUGUAUCAGAAAUGGUUGAAAUACUGUGUACAUAUUUGAACUUUUGGUUUCUAAUUUAUAAAAGAUAAGCUUUAGCUCUUGGAGUACUUAUUUUAUUUUUCCUUUCAUGCGUAGCUUUGUGUUUUUUAUUUUCUAUUUCUGUAAAGUGUGUAAAUAUAUCUUUAUGAUAAUAAGUAAUAUUAAAAUCUUAUUUUAAGAA